CGGAAGUGGAUUAGGACGAGCUCUGUGUUGUGGCGAUUUUGACUGGCGGCGGGAACGAAUUUAUUGGGAUUUAAAACAUUGUUGAAGAAAGAACAAAAUGCCAACCUGGACAAUACAGCUAUAUUUGGACUAGCCACAAGACUGCAAGUUCAGUCAGUGAGCUUUGAUUCAGUGUUCUACUAUAAGAAUGGAUACAACAGUGGCAUACAGAAGAGAUGAUGUGUGGUCUGAUGAACGAUAUGAAUAUGAGAGACUUCCGCGAGAGCGGCUUCCUCCACGUCUUGGUUGUUUGCCGUAUGAGUUUGACAGCGUAGAAUACAAGGAGUCAGAAUGCUCUUCUCAUUUUCAACAGGCUGGAUAUUGGAUGAGAUUGAACGACAUAUAUCUAGAUGACUAUGCUCGAGAAGUCAACUUUGCAAACAAGAAACCACCAGUUCCAGAGAGACCUGGGGAAGGAAGCUAUAGUAGAUAUGAAUAUAGUCACGCUCAUGUUGGCUAUAGAGAUUACGGAGAUGGCCGCGGUUUGGUCCACGAAAGAAGAAGUGGACCACCACACAGAAUGGAUGAUCCUGGAUAUAGAUGGCAAAGGGACGACCAUCCUGCUAGUCGUCAGCCUGAUUAUAGGGACCUGAGAGACGGCAUGCGCCGGAAACCCGUCUAUCCUCACUAUGCGAGAGAUCGAUCCCCACAUAAGAGAGAUUCUCCUUACUUCAGGGAAUCGCCGGUCAGCAGAAGGGAUUCCCCGCACAGCAGAUCUGGGUCCAGCGUCAGCAGCAGAAGUUACUCUCCUGACAGAAGCAAAGCCUAUGCCUACCACCAGUCCCAGCAUAGCAGAAGUAUGUCAUCUUUACCUAAAAGAAAUAUUUCUCAACCAGGUAAAGAGAAAAGCUCCUCUCAGUCCUUGAAAACAUCAAGAGAUGUAUCUCCCUCAGGAACAGCAGCAGGGCCACCUUCAAAGGCCUUGGACAAAAGUGGCCGCUUGUCAGAAAAGGAGCUUGCAGAGGCUGCAAGUAGGUGGGCAGCUGAAAAAGCAGAGAAGGCAGACACAAGCAGCGUACCUGAAAUUUCAGAUUAUGAAGCUGCAUCCUCAGAACCGUUAUAUGCAGAGCAGCACGAAGAAACUGGCGCCAGCAUACCAGACAAUAAUGAAUUGUUUGAAGACAGCCCGCAUGUUAGUCGUUCCAAGGCAAUUGCAGCGAAGACAAAGGAGAUUGAACAGGUGUACAGACAGGAUUGCGAAACCUUUGGUGCUGUAGUGAAAAUGCUGAUUGAAAAAGACCCUGCGUUAGAAAAACCCAUCCAGUUUUCCUUGAGACAGAAUUUGCACGAGAUUGGUGAGAGAUGUAUUGAAGAACUUAAGCACUUCAUUGCAGAAUACGACACAGUCAGGCACGAAUUUGAAGAGCCGUAAGAUCAGCUUGGGUUUGUCCAUAUGUAAAUUGGAAACUAUUUAAAAAUUGAUUUCCCAUCAGCAUCUGCACACUUGACAGCAGAAUUCUUCCUUCGUAGUAAUCUAUUUUAUUAUUAUUAACAUUUAAGUAAAUUCCUCAAGAAGGCGAAAACAUGUUUGAGGUAUUGUUAUGGUCACUUCUGAAUUUCAGUGCAGAUGUACAUUCCAUGUAUGCAGUAUACAUUAGAACAUGCUUAACAAAGUGACAUGUCCCAUUACCAAAGCUGGCUACGUAUAUACAAUAGUAAUGGUGGAGUAAAUCUACAAAUGUGCUUAGGGUAGUUUUUUG